GCCCGUAAAAAACACUAAAAGGACAAUUUUGCCCUCCAAAUAUUUCUUUAUAUUCUAUUCGCUGAAUGGUUUUUUAAACAACUUACACACUACCCGAGUCCCGACCACCAACCCCCCACAAACACCACAGCCACCGGACGGCAGCCAAACUCGCCGGUCACCGGACCAAUCUCGUCAGGAUAUCGCCGGGCACUGGACGGCAGCCGUACCCCGUCGUCGGACCAGCGAAGCAGGUGGACAUGGCUGACAAUGUUGAACUAAUUGGUGAUUACACAGACCAUUUUCUUAAUGGCGUCCGAUAUGCCAAUUUCGAAGAUGCUGUAACAGAGACCAAAAACAUCGCGAUGUCUCUUGGUUUCUUUCUAACUAAGGGAUCGAUGAAGCCACGUGACUUGGGCAACGAAAGAUCAUUGGGUAUCUGUUAUAUGUAUUGCGACAGAUGCAGUAGGGAGAGGAAGUCAUACAAGCCGGAUCCUUCCAAAGAGAGUCGUGGCAAUACAAGUUCAAAAGGAGCGGGAUGCAUGUUCAAGAUUAAAAUCAAAGAAAUACUGGUUAAUCCAGAUGCUCUUGAUGGACCUACAUUCUGGGAGAUACAAGGAGUCGCGGAGCAAGGAACCGGUUUAAGGCGAGGGUAUCACAGUCAUGAGAAAAUGCUUUAUCCCGAGGGCCACAGUCAAAUGAAUAAAUUGAGUCAGGAGGAUAAAGAAUCUCUUAAGCAGAUGAGAGAUGCUGGGGUACCUCCGUCGCAACAGAAGCAGACAAUAAACAAGCAGAAGGGUGACAAAGGGCAUCACACCCAAAGGCAGAUGUAUAACCUCGGGUCCAAGUCUAGGAAAGAAGAGAUGGGCGAGAUGAAUGCAGUGCAGUAUGCGUUGCUACAAGCUGAACGUGAGAAUUAUCAUACAGAGGUUAUGAAGGACGAUGACGACGUGCUGACACAUCUUUUCUUUGCCCAUCCAACUUCCAUCCAGAUGUUGAAGGCUUGGCCGUACGUGAUUCUGAUCGACUCAACGUAUAAGACCAAUGCAUAUAAAUGGCCGUGGGUGGAGGUCGUAGGUGCAACUCCAGUUGGGAAGAAUUUCAACAUCUGUUGUGCUCUCAUGAAGGAUGAGACAAAAGAGUCGUAUUUGUGGCUGUUGCAGUGCAUACAACAAUUGCUCCAUCCUCGCGUGCCCUCUGUCAUCGUCACCGACCACGAAGGUGGACUACUUGCUACGGUUCCUGUGGUCUUCCCCCGCACCCCGCAUUUGCUAUGUGUUUGGCACAUCAACACCAAUGUGCAGAAGAAGUGCUUGGAAAUAUUUGGGAAGAACAGGAUGGAUUUGGUCAACGAGGCGUACGACCAAUAUUGGUGUCCUAUGCUUUAUUCUUGGUCAGAGCAAGGUAUGUUGGCCGCGUUUGGCCGCUUUAGGACAAGAUGGGGCAAUCAAGAACCACGUCUGUUGCAAUACAUACAGGGAGUGUGGUGGCAACAUCGAGAAAAGUGGGCUGUUUGUCAUACAAAAAAUGUGUUUCAUCUAGGAAAUACGAGCACAAACAGGGUUGAGUCGUCACAUUCCGCUUUGAAGACUUUCCUCCACAACUCGCGGGGAUCUAUGGACACUGUAUGGAAAGGAAACCACCGCUACAUUACUAACCAACUCGGGGAGGUUAGGAUGAUGUUGGAAAACUCUAGACAGAAAACCCUUUCAGCAUCCGGUGGUACACCAUUCACAUUCUUG